CAACAACAAAAACAAAAACAAAAACAAAAACAAAAAAAACAGCUAAAUUAAUAGAGAGAUAAAGUGAUAAACACGAGUAGAGUGGUGUGUGAAUAUGCCAGCAUAAGAAAUCAAAACGAAAAAGAAGGGAAGGCCUUAGCAUUUUUUUGUUCAGGGAGAGGCUAGCCAUGGAAGUACCUUUGCCAAUUCAGAAACCUCUGGGUUCAAGAACAACAAUCCUCAGUAGGAAAGCACAAGCCAAUCUUUUUUUCAAGAUUAAACCUUUCCUUGGGUUCUUCCCUCAUGGCUGCACCACUCUAUCAGCACAAUCUUCGCAGAACAAAGUUGAAGUGGCGGGAGGUUUUCCACGUUAUAUUUGUGCAAGUGCAGAAGAUUUUUCGAGAAAAAAGAAAAAGGUUUCAACUCCAAGGAGUCAAGGGUCCUCCCCUAGGGGGUUUUCAUCAAGAACAGCAGCUGGAAUGGGUAACCGAAGAAGGGAUCAGAAGAACAAGAAUGAAAAAGAAAGUCAAAGAACUUCAACAUCCAAAGAAUCCGAAGUUCUGUUCAAGAAAAAGAUAGAUACCAAGCUUGAUGACAGAGACAAUGAAAUUCAAGGAGUUGAAAGAGUAGAGGAAAGUGAAGAACAAGAUAAUUUUCGCGAUUUAAGUCAAUUUCCAAAUAAUGGUGUAGGCACCAAGGUCUUAUUGAAUGGAAUUGAUUCAAGCAAUUUAGAUAAUCAAAGUUUUGAUUUCAAUAAUUUGCAAGAAACAGCUUUGGAAGGUGAUGCUCUAGAUGAGGUAGGCUCAGAGGAUCAUUCUCUAAAGUUAAAGCUAGAGAUGGAAGCAAAUCUAAGAAGACAAGAUGUAGAAAGGCUUUCCAAGGGAAAGAACAUUUUUUUCUGUUAUCCUGAGGAGGCAAAACCCGAUGAAGAAGUAGAAAUAUUUCUUAACAAAAGUCUCUCCACUUUGAAAAAUGAGCCUGAUGUAAUAAUCACAGGAGGAUUUAAUGACUGGCGUUGGCGCUCUUUUACCAUGAAUCUUAACAAGACAGAUUUAAAUGGAGAUUGGUGGUCCUGCAAACUUCACGUUCCCAAAGAAGCAUUCAACAUUCAUUUUGUGUUUUCCAAUGGGAAAGAUGUAUACGAAAACAACAAUAAGAAAGACUUCUCUAUAACUAUAAAAGACGGUAUAAGUGCUUUAGACUUUGAAAAUUUCUUGCUUGAGGAAAAAAAGAAAGAGUUAGAAAAAAUGGCCAGAGAAAAAGCUCAAAGGGAAAGAGAGGCUGAAGAAAUGAGAAGAAUAGAAGCAGAAAAGAUUGCAAGUGAAGAUGAUAGAGUUAAGGCAAGAGAAGAGGUUGCAAAGAGAAGGAAAAUUUUGGAGGAAGCAAUUGAUAAGGCCCUAAAGUCUGGUGGUGGUGACAACUGGUUUAUCACUCGUAAGGAUCUCGAAAGGGAGGGGAGUAUUAGAUUACACUAUAAGAAGAGUUCGGGCCCGCUUUCCCAUGCUAUGGAAAUAUGGAUUCAUGGUGGACAUGAUAAUUGGAAGAAUGGUGUAUCUAUUGUUACACGUCUUUCUAGAUCUGAAAGGAAGGAUGGUGAUUGGUGGUAUGCUGAUGUUGUUGUUCCUGACCGAGCACUAAUAUUGGAUUGGGUUGUGGCUGAUGGGCCACCCGGGAAUGCAAUGGUUUAUGAUAACAAUGGACGGAAGGACUUUCAUGGCAUUGUCCCUGAAAAGAUUCCAGAAGAAGCGUUUUGGGUUGAGGAAGAACAUCAAUUAUACAAGAGACUUCAACAGGAGAGAAGAUUAAGAGAAGAGGCAGUAAGGGCGAAGAUCGAAAGAACGGCACACAUGAAGGCAGAGACAAAGGAAAGGACUAUGAAGUCAUUUUUGUUGUCUCAAAAACACAUAGUAUAUACUGAGCCUUUUGAUGUUCAAGCUGGAAGUUUAGUCACAGUUUAUUAUAAUCCUGCUAAUACAGUCCUAAAUGGAAAACCUGAAAUAUGGUUCAGAUGCUCAUUUAAUCGUUGGACUUACCGCUUGGGCCCAAUGCAACCUCAGAAAAUGCUGGCUACUGAAAAAGGUUCACAUGUUAAGGCAACUGUCAAGGUUCCAUUGGAUGCAUAUAUGAUGGACUUCGUGUUCUCUGAGAAAGAAGACGGAGGAGUAUUUGACAACAGGAAUAACAUGGACUAUCACAUACCCGUCUCUGGAGCAAUUCUAAAAGAACCUCCUUUGCACAUUGUGCAUAUUUCUGUUGAAAUGGCGCCCAUUGCAAAGGUUGGAGGCCUUGGAGAUGUUGUCACCAGUCUAUCCCGUGCAGUUCAGGAGUUAAACCACAGAGUGGACAUCAUCCUCCCCAAGUAUGACUGCUUGAACUUAACUAAUGUGAAGGACUUGCAUGUUCAGAAAAGCUAUUCUUGGGGUGGAACUGAUAUAAAAGUUUGGUUUGGGAAAGUUGAAGGCCUCUCUGUGUACUUUUUGGAGCCUCAAAACGGGUUCUUUUGGAAAGGAUGCAUAUAUGGUUGUCAAAAUGAUGCAGAGAGAUUCGGCUUCUUUUGUAAUGCUUCUUUGGAGUUUCUACAGCAGGGUGGAUUCCGUCCAGACAUAAUUCAUUGCCAUGAUUGGUCAAGUGCUCCAGUUGCAUGGCUGUUUAAGGAGCAAUACCGCCAUAAUUCUCUGGGUAAAGCUCGUCUUGUUUUCACAAUCCACAACCUUGAAUUUGGUGCACAUUUCAUUGGCAAAGCAAUGCAAUAUUCAGACAAAGCCACAACGGUAUCUCCCACUUAUUCCCAGGAAGUGUCCAGUAACCCGCUAAUUGCCCCACAUCUGUACAAGUUUCAUGGUAUACUUAAUGGAAUUGAUCCGGACAUCUGGGAUCCGUACAAUGAUAAGUUUCUCCCAAUUUCAUACACUUCAGAGAAUGUUGUUGAAGGAAAAAGGGCGGCCAAGGAAGCUUUACAGAAAAGACUUGGGUUGAGAAAGGCUGAUUUUCCUUUGGUAGGAAUUAUUACCCGUUUAACACACCAGAAAGGAAUCCACCUCAUUAAACAUGCCCUUUUUCGCACUAUGGAACGGAAUGGACAGGUUGUCUUGCUAGGGUCAGCACCCGAUCCGCGCAUUCAAAAUGAGUUUGUUAGUUUGGCUAAUCAUUUUCAUUCGGCAUUUGCUGACCGUGCACGUCUCUGUCUAACAUAUGAUGAGCCUCUUUCUCACCUGAUAUAUGCGGGGGCGGAUUUUAUAUUAGUCCCUUCUAUAUUUGAGCCAUGUGGACUAACUCAGCUCAUAGCAAUGAGAUAUGGUUCUAUCCCUGUAGUUCGCAAAACUGGAGGACUAUAUGAUACUGUGUUUGAUGUUGACCAUGGCAAGGAGAAAGCUGAAGCUUGUGGUAUUGAACCAAAUGGGUUCAGCUUUGAUGGGGCAGAUGCUGGCGGUGUCGACUAUGCCCUCAACAGAGCAAUAUCGGCUUGGUACGACGCUCAGGACUGGUUGAAUUCGUUGAGGAAAAAGGUGAUGGAGCAAGAUUGGUCCUGGAACCGCCCCGCUCUUGACUACUUGGAGCUUUACCAUGCUGCUCGCAAAUGAAUGGCAUAGGCAACCGCCCCAUCGAGUACAUACAUAAUGUUGCUUGCUUAUUCAGCAGUUUCAUACUCCAAAGUUUUGUGGAUGAAUCAAUUUAUUUUGUUCCUUGUAGCUGGUACAAAUAGCUUUAGUCCAUGCCCAAUAAUGAAGCAGAUUAUUAUUACAGUUUAUUUGAAAGAGUUGAGACCAAACAAUAAACUAGGAGUAUACUCCGUAUAUAGUUCUAGUGAGGAACCUAGCUAGAUACAAUUUUCUAGUACAAUUUCUUAUUAGCUAUAUAAUCAUAAAACUUUGGUUGAUGGCUAUCGAAUGUCAUGCAACAUUCUUUUAUUCGAUUUGAAAAAUAAUUUAACGAUCAUAACGUUUAUGCUCACGGGUUUAUGAAACACGGUGCAUCAAGAUGUAUAUGUUCGAUUAUGUAUGAAAAAAUGGAGCAUGCAUGAUUGCAUGAGUUAUUGACUUAUUGUAUUCGGGCA